AUGCAUGUGUGUAUUUACAUCUUGAUUGAUAAAAGAGUAAUUAGCCUGAUCAAGAUUCCGUUCAGUGGUAUAUACCUACUCCCAGGGUGGGGACCAGUCCUGUGGUGUCCUCUGACUCUCAGGGUGGAAACCAGUUCUAUGGUGCCCUCUGACUCCAAGGGGUGGGGACCAGUUCCGUGGUAUCCUCUGACUCUCAGGGUGGGGACCAGUUCCGUGGUGCCCUCUGACUCAGAGUGGGGACCAGUUCUGUGGUGUCCUCUGCCUCUCAGGGUGGGGACCAGUUCUGUGCUGCUAUUUGACUCUCAGGGGUGGGGAACUAGUUCAGUGGUGUCCUCUGACUCUCAGGGUGGGAAUCAGUUCUUGCUGCCCUCUGACUCUCAGGCAUCAAAAGGUGGUCAGAGCUCAUUCAGUUUUGAAGAACCGUCCAGUCACCCAGGUGGCACGAAGACAGACUCGUCUGCUGGCGGUGAUAGCGAGGCCUCGUUAUCGUCAGCCUCCGCCCUGAUGUCAUCAGAAGCAUCAGGUGAUGGAGAGGAGGAUUUAUAUGUCACAUCCAAGAUACACCACUUGUGCAUGAAACAUAACUGGGGCAAUAAUCCGGAACCGACCGACUGCAGUCGAUAUCUCUCCUGCUCUGGAGGAACGGUCGUUGCCAGGAUGCGAUCCUGUCCAUCCGGUUUGCUGUUCCAUCCCGGACUUCAAAUCUGCACAUGGCCGACUGACGUAGAUUGCGGAGAUCGCCCUUAUCCAGGAGUAGCACCUGUUUCUACCACCUUUUCUGGCAGUAGUACUAGAAGAAGUACAACCGUUCCUACAACUAGAAGCACUGGCAUUGAUCCUCUGUGUUUGACACGCAAGUAUGGCAAUAAUCCGGAACCAGACGACUGCAGCCAAUACCUCUCUUGCUCAGGCGGAAUUGUUGUCGCUAGAAAAAGGCCCUGUCCAUCCGGUUUACUUUUCCAUACUGCGCUACAAAUUUGCACAUGGGCAGCUACAGUUAACUGUGGAGAUCGCCCUAAUCCAGGUGCUACUUCUACCACUGCUCAGACUACUAGCACUACUCCUGCAACAACGCAUACCAUAACAACGGUUACUACGACAACCAGGCGUCCCAUGACGACGACAUCACCCUCUCCAGCUAUGACUAGUAGUGUUAUGCCUAUUUCCUCCACUGCUUCUAUUAGCACUCAAAGAAGUACACCGAGCUCUGCAGCAGAAACUACAAGAAGCACUGACCCUCUUUGUAUGACGAGAAAGUCGGGAAACAAUCCGGAACCUAACGACUGCAGCAAAUAUCUGUCUUGCUCUGGCGGAACCGUCGUCGCUAGGAUGCGAUCCUGUCCAUCCGGUUUGCUUUUCCACCCUGCACUACAAAUUUGCACAUGGGCAGCCUCAGUUGAUUGUGGAGAUCGCCCUUUGUCAGCUGCAAGCACUUCUUCUACCACUGCCCAGACCACUAGCACUGCUCCUGCAACAACGCAUACCAUAACAACGGUCACUACGACAACCAGUCGUCCCAUGACGACGACAUCACCCUCUCCAGCUAUGACUAGCACUACCAUGCCAAUGUUCUCCACCUCAGGCACUAAUAGCCAAAGUAGUUUAACACCCUCCUCUAACUCCAGGACAGGCGGCGGUGGGGUGGACCCUCUCUGUGUGAACGAGGGGGACAACCCUGACCCCAGUAGUUGCAGCCUCUAUCUGUCAUGCGCACACGGCCGGGUUGUUGCUAGGAUGCGGCACUGUCCCACUGGACUUUUGUUUGAUUCUGUACUGCGGAUGUGCAACUGGCCCGCUUACGUAGACUGUGGCCACCGCCCUUUGCCUUGA